AUGACCGAUCCGGCUGCUUCUAAAAGCAGUGCUGGCUCCGAGAAUGUUAGACUGGAGUUUAGCGACUUCUCUACUAGUGCAUUACCACCUAUACGAGGGGUAGAUGAUACCGAGAUGACCUCAACUACCCGUGGCAGUGGAGGUGCUUUCUCUAACACUGUAUUGUCCCACUCGGCUCAUCCCUGGGUAUGUGUAUUCCAUAUCCUUUUCAAACUAUCCGCCAUCUUCUCCUACUGGGUGGUUUACUAUUUAUCCGGGAAAAGUUACAUCAUUACCUUCGUCUGCACCACUAUAUGCCUGGCACUAGACUUCUGGACUGUUAAGAACGUCACAGGAAGACUCCUUGUCGGGCUACGAUGGUGGAACGAGUAUUCAUCACCAAAGGAUGGAGAGGGUAGUGGUGAUGUUGAUAAGUCUACGUGGGUAUUCGAAUCACAAGGAGGAGAGGAAACAGCUCUCAAUCCCACCGAUAGGACCGUCUUCUGGUCAGCUCUGUACAUCUUCCCGUUCUUCUGGCUUGGUGGAGCGAUAUCUAACUUCAUAUCGCUAUCGUUCGAUUAUGUCGUCCUCAACGUCAUGGGCCUCACACUCUCAUCCGCUAAUGUUGUUGGUUAUUGGAAAUGCUCCAAAGAGUCGCAACGUCGACUGCAGUCGUGGGCAUCGCAGCAGGCAUUGGGCGCUAUGGUUUCGCAAGGGGCCGGUGGGAUCGGUGGUUUCGUUUCCAAGGCUGGUAGUUGGUUCAGAGGAUCCUCGUAA